AUGGACAUCCCACAGUCUGUCCGGGACCUAACUCCCCUGGCUGGAGAGGUGAUCCCCAUUCGCACGGUCCAGGAGACCCGGCCGCCUGAAGACUUCGCCGACGCCUAUGUCGCCGAAGUCAACCUCAAAGCCGCCUCCAAGGUGGUCAAAGCCCUGGAUUCUGCAUUCCCCAAGGACCCCUCCCUUACUCUCUCCCACCUGCGCCGCUUCGUCAAACGAGAACGACUGCCAGCACCCGUGAGGGCCGCAAUUGAAGAUGGACAGUCGCCAACCACAGCGCAGACAAUCUUCGUGCUGAUCGCGUCUCCGUUGCCCGAUGUCGACAAACUACAGACCCUCCUUGCACCGUUCGCGCCGAUCCCAGCGGCUACUUCACCACCGGCACCCAGUUCGACCACAGACACGCCGCCAGAAACACCAGCAAUUGGCACACCACCACCACCUCAAAUCCCUUUACAUACCAUCAAAGUCCCCCUCCAGCCUCCUUUCAACCCCCACCAAGCCGAAACUUGGACCGAGACCCUCUGGCCGGUCAUCUUCAACCCCGCCGCUCCCCGCUCAACUGUCGCGCCGCCUCCACAGAUCCUUAAAAGCGCGCGGGAGUCGAUCCAGCCCCGAGCUGGCUACUAUCUAUCUCUUGCACGAAAGGUCGCCCAGGAAGCAGAGCAGUCGGGUCUAGGCCGUGGGGUCGGGGCCGUGAUAGUCGACCCCGCUAUUGAGGCUAGCAUCGACGCCGACAGUCGUGAGGAUGGCGAAGACCGUUCUGAUCAGUGGGUUCAGGCUGUGAUAGCUGUUGCGGGUGAUGCGCGAUACUCGCGCCCUGAGGGCGGCCAGCCGUCCCAGGCUGAGCUGCAUCGAGGCAAGAUACCCAACCCAGCCAGCAAGUCGUACAAUGCCGACCUGGAGGGCGGACCUGAACUGCAUGCUUUGAUGAGAGCGAUCGAUUUGGUGGCUCAUCGGCGCCGACAGGAGGAGCAUCGCGCGCAAUCUGCUGGAGGAGGUGCAGAGCUUCGUCCGCUUGAGUCUUUCUUUCUCUAUCAUCUUGAUUCUUCUACGACUCCGGCACCUCUGAGCGAGUCUCCCUCCUCGCCAAAGAAGAGAAAACACGAAGAACCGAACCCGGAGUCCAGCUGUGCUGCGACUGCUGUCCCUGACCUGAAAACGGCCAUCUCGCCCUCGCCAUCUCAGUCUGAAACACCACCACCCCUUCCAGCCCCUCCACCCUCCACCAUCGCCAUACCCGACCCAAUCCUCCAUUCCACUGACGCCCAGUGCUCCUCUUCUACUUUGCCUUCCGCAAAUCCAACUACUACUAACUCCCGAGUCCGCGCCCCAUCCCAAGGAGGAUACCUCUGCACAGACCUAGAUGUCUACCUCUCCCACGAACCAUGCAUCUGCUGCUCGAUGGGGAUGCUCCUCUCCCGCUUCCGAGCCGUGAUUUUUCCUCGCAAGGGCCGCAUGGCGAGUGGCGGUCUUGCCUCGGAGCCCGUCGUUGCUCCUACUCCUGUUGAUGAGGGCCAGGAACAAAGCACAGAGGAAAGGAUGUAUUACGGUCUGCACUGGCGGAAGGAGCUGAACUGGCGGGCUUUGGGUUUUGAGUUUGUUGAAGAGGAGGAGGAGGGUGCUGGUGAUGCUUCGGAAGAAAAGACGGAUAUUGUCUUCCAUGCUUGA